GCCACUGGCCUUGUAGCCAUUUUAGGAGGAAACCCGGAUCGCUAGCCCGGGGCGCGGCUUCAAUUUCAAUAACUUUAUUGGCGGCCUCAUCCGCUGAACAACCAUCGCACUGGUGGCUGGGGGAGGAGGGAGAGCAUCGCGGGAGGUGGCCCCCGACUCGAGCUCCAGCCAUGGGAAACACCACCAGCGACCGGGUGGCUGGGGAGCGCCACGGCGCCAAGGCUUCACGCGCCGAGGGCGCCGGCGGCCAUGCGCCGGGCAAGGAGCAUAAAAUCAUGGUGGGGAGCACCGACGAUCCCGGCGUCUUCAGCCUGCCGGACUCCAAGCUCCCUGGGGACAAAGAGUUUGUAUCAUGGCAACAAGAUUUGGAGGACUCUGUAAAGCCUACGCAGCAGGCCCGGCCCACUGUUAUCCGCUGGUCUGAAGGUGGCAAGGAGGUCUUCAUCUCUGGGUCCUUCAACAAUUGGAGCACCAAGAUCCCACUGAUUAAGAGCCAUAAUGACUUUGUUGCCAUCUUAGACCUCCCUGAGGGAGAGCACCAGUACAAGUUUUUUGUGGAUGGACAGUGGGUUCACGAUCCGUCAGAGCCUGUGGUGACCAGUCAGCUUGGCACGAUUAACAAUCUGAUCCAUGUCAAGAAAUCUGACUUUGAGGUGUUUGAUGCUUUAAAGCUCGAUUCAAUGGAAAGCUCAGAGACAUCUUGUCGAGACCUUUCCAGCUCUCCUCCAGGGCCUUACGGUCAAGAGAUGUACGUGUUUCGAUCCGAGGAGAGAUUCAAAUCCCCACCCAUCCUACCUCCUCACCUUCUUCAAGUUAUUCUUAACAAGGACACUAAUAUAUCUUGUGACCCAGCCUUGCUUCCCGAGCCCAACCAUGUUAUGUUGAACCAUCUGUAUGCAUUAUCCAUUAAGGACAGCGUGAUGGUCCUUAGUGCAACCCAUCGCUACAAGAAGAAGUACGUCACUACUCUGCUGUACAAGCCCAUUUGAAGGGAUCCCUUCCUGCCUCCGGGAUUCAAGAGAAGCAUCUCCCUUGCCUUUCUGGACCCGACCAGUCUUCACUUGAGACUGGAAGGCUGAUUUGCUUUGAGGCUGAUAUGUGUGUUUCAGAGCCUUCGAGUAGGGUGCUCUGCUUUUGCAUCUGAUCGCAGAUGAGAGCUUUAUGAGUUCAUGGAAUUUAUUUUCAGAAAAAAAAAUUAUAUAUAUAUAUAUACAUAUACAUAUAUAAGAGGAAGGUUAACGGGAGCCUCCUAGCUAGAUGUGUUCUCUCUGCCCAUGGGGACUCCCCGACACCUGUGCAGGGGGCUGCAGAAGGACCAUUACAGGAAGCUUUUUUCCUAAAGUGAAGGAAGAGCCAACUCUCAGGAUCCUUGUUGGGUAGAGAUUCCGUCACGGCUACCUUGGCUCUCCCAGGAAUGGGCUUGUGCCAGACUUUUGCCCCGCGUGUCCUUGGCAGGGGCGGCUUCCCUUGCAUGGGUUCUCUGUAUUCCUGUAGCGUGCGGCACAGUCUGCUCUUUAUGAUACCAGGUGCCCAACGGGAACCCUUUUUCUUCUCAUUUCUCAUUCUUGCUCUGAUGCCCUCCUUCCAGUCCUAUACCUGACCCUUCCCUAUCACAAGACUCACUGGCAGGUGACCCCUUUAUGUAAGACCCACCUCAGAGACCAAGGCUGCCAGAAAGUCUCCUUUUUUAAUCCAGCACAGGCCCGGCCACUCGGUUCCCACUUAUUUUAAUUUCUACUAAAGAAAACAAGUCUCAGUGUUAUAAAAGGCGGACUGCAGAAGGCCUGCUUUCUUGUGUUGUGCAGUGCCACAGCUUGGGCUGUCUUGGCACAUUCCCGUCCAGUCUCCUGCCUGGCCUGGCCCUGCUUCCAUAUUUUCUUUCACAGAGCAGACAGCUUUGAAGAUGGGAGUGGAACCAGGGAAAGCUUUCAUGUCUUUCAUCCUUGGGAAGUUUUUACGUGCCUACAUUUUUCUUUAAUUAAAAAAAAAAUGCCUUUUCAUUGUUCUUAAGAGACCACAUAGGAGAAUUUUAGGCCCUUGAUAAAUGGUUCCCAAGAUUUUCUUUGACAAGAAAGUAGUAAUCUAGCCCUCAACAGUCUCACGUUAAUGUGACCUCCCCUGUGCACAUCACUGCACUAAACAGUGUUCUAGAUACAGAUUCAGGUUCACUGGGUGCACCUAGAAAGUUCUUUCAACUUCCAGAUCCAUUAGGCCAAGAAGCAAGAAAGUAGCCCUGGUGUUCCUAACAUGAAUAGUAUUGCUUCCCUUUACCAAGUGCUACUGGAAUCACUUUGUCUUUCUCUUUUUUUAAAGUGUUCGAUGAUGAAGUGAGGUCAGCGACUUUCCAUUUGUGGAAUGAAAAGUAGCUACUCAAGCCACACUCUUGGGGUUGUUCCGAGAUAAAACUUUUUUCCCCAAAUAUCUGUGGCUCUUCCAUUACAGAUAAAUGCAAAUUAAAUGUUCAACUCUGAAGGAGGCCGAAUUCGAUGCUUGAGAGACCCCUCCACUGUUAGGACGUGUCCAGGCGCACUGAAAGGGCACCCAUAGGUCAGUUUAGCUACCUCCUGUCCUGUUCAAAGCUGAUGACACAGCUGUCAUUGGGUUUAUGUAGAGCUGUUAGAUCCUGGGAGUGAGGCAGGAGGGCACUGGGGGGUGGUUUUGCUGGGAGUGCAAAUGGCCAAGUGCUUUGGUGGUUACUUGCUGAGUAUAAAUACCGCUUUAGCCACUUCAGGCCACCUUCUGCAACAGAAGACUUGUGUGGGAAACCUUUCAGGGUCCCAACCGCUUUUUGAGUGGUGUGUCAUUUAAAAAAUCUAGGCCAAAGCCUAUUUUUACCAGCUCUCAGGAUCUACACUGUCUUCAGUUAUACUACUGUUUUUUCCACUACCCAUUAAAUAAGCAGCCCACAUAGGAGGAUUCAAAAUCUUGGUGGCUAAACGGAGGAUUUUGUUACACUCCUUUUUCUUGUCAACAGUAUUGAAAUGUGAUUGCCUGUGUGUUUGUGUAUUAAAAUUUUUACUCUACGCAGGUGUAUCAGUAGAGUGGGGCAGGAAGAGAGAGCCCUUCAGUUUCUCAAGCCAGAGGCUUCUGUGACCGCUUCUGACUCCAGUGACGCUAGAUUUUGGUGCUGGUGGCCUUCAAAUCUCCCUGAUCUGGAAAUGUGCAGGGAGUGUCAGUUUCCCAAGUCCUGAGGUAAUCUUUUGGCCAGAUGUGACAUGAGAGCCCACCAGUUGGUAUGGAAGGGGACAGGCAAGGGGAUCUGGGCGAUGCCUCCUUCAGCAGUGUCCCUUCCCUGCAUUGCUCACAUACCUGUGGCCCUGAGGAGCCUGUCACAGUCUGUCUCCAGAAAACUGUUCUAGAAGGUAGAGAGGAAAGGAGGAAGGUAGCCCAGAGUACAUCCCACUCAUUCUUUUAUGUUGGUUAAAGGGAUAGUUUUUUUUCUGCAAAAGAGAGCUUGGCAGAUUUCGAAAAUGAAUAAAGGCAAAAAAAAAAAAAUUUUUUUUUUAAACCUACAGGAGUUUCA